AAAUAAUGCAAUCAAUCAAUCAAUCACCGUAUUCAUCUCCAUCAGCACCAAUCCUACCGCUUCACCAUACGCACAAGCCGUGCCAAAUUAAUUAGAAAGGGACGCAUGCCAGAUCGCUUCAACCUGCAAGACCCGGUCUGUCCGGCCUGGAUGGAACAAAGCAAUACAGCUCGGCUCUCGAGUCUUCCAGCAUUAAAUUAGUACUAGGGACUGUUUAUAGUGUCCAAUAAUCAGCUAAGUCCGAGCACAAGGCAAAGUACGCAGCUAUCCCUGUAGCUGUCCCAGGUCAUAGCAUCAUCAUCACAUUUCUAACAUGCUAUUACAAAGAGACGCCAUGUGUGUUGAUUAUCGUCCCUGGACUAACGUCUCCUCGGCUGCAUCAUUUCCGGACAUGUGAGCUUGUGCUUCAGUCGUUCAUUUAAAAGAUGCCAAAUCCUCGAGGUUGUCCAGAAGAACAGAACCGAUCAAGACAUUCCUUUUGACUGCCACUUGCUGCUUCUUCAGCUCAAGCACUCGUUUCUCCACGUCCUCGUUUCUCUACUCCAUACAAUAUACCAGCUUUCCACAGAACAGUCCUCAGACUCGACAGUCACCAUGAAGUUUACUACUUUGCUCACUCUCGGCCUGGCCGCUGGUGCCAUGGCUACUCCCACCAAGACUGCACGCCAGCCUUCUCUCGUUGAGCGCGAUGUUGCUGCUGUGACCAGCGUCCUCUCUGCCGUCCAGGGCAAGGUUCAGUCCCUGGACACGGCCAUCAAGGGCUGGAAUGGUGGCGCCAUUGACAGCGUACUGUCUGCCUCCGAUGAUGUCGUGUCUACCAUCAACGACGGUGUCAAUACGAUCAAGGGCUCAGGUGAACUGAGCACCAGCGAUGCUCUUUCCUUGCCAGGCCCCGUCAACGACCUUACUGAUGUGGUCAAGACCACCAUUGACGACCUGAACGCCAAGAAGGACCAGGUCGAGAAGGCUUGCGCCGUCCCAGCCACCCAGGACGCUCUUAAGAAGCAGUAUGAUGCUGCUAAGGACCUGUCCGACACCAUUGUCUCCAAGGUCCCCGAGAGCCUGGCUAGUAUCGCCCAGAAUCUUGCCGCUGGUAUCACCGAUGCCAUCCAGAAGGGUAUUAAUGCCUACCAAGACGCCAAGAACGCCGACAGCUGCUCUGCAUCUUCCAGCAGCUCUGCCGGUGGUUCUACUUCUACUGCUGCCCCAACUGGCGGUGCUGGCGGCUCUCCUUCUUCCUCCAGCGCUGUUGUUCCCACCGCCUCCAGCUCUGCCGUCCCUCCCCCAGCGGGCACUCCCGGCGCCAGCUCGACUCCUGUCGUUUCUCCCACCGGUGGCGCGAGCACUCCUGCUGUCCCUACCCCGACCUCUCCCCUCUUCAACGGCGCUGCUGACCGUGCCCACAUUGGCUACACUCUUGGUGGUGCGGUUGCUAUUGCUGCCAUUGCUGCCGCCUUCUAAGCAAUGUCGUGUGCCGUGCCACAGCUGGCGAGUCAUGAUUGCGACGAUCUUGAUUCGGGAAUAGUUAAUAAGCGGCAUGGAAUUACUACAAGAGUACGGAAUACUCCGUGUUCUUCCUACUCGAUUUACUUCGCUGUUAGUUCGAAUGAUACUGUUAUUAAUAUUUAGUAGGCAUGUACCCUGUCUGUUUGAGUCUUUUCCUCUCAAAAAAUAAAGAGACA